AUGGCAAACGAGGCAAACUACAGCUCUACCCAGCACAUGGACCCUAGUCCGCCAAUCGAGAAGGAUUUCAACAAUGACUUUAACAGCCACAUUGGCAACGAUAUUGACAGUGAGACGGCGCUGCACAGAAUUCGUACGGCUGGCAGCAUCUCCAUCUCACCCGAGCUGUUCGAGAAGAUGUACCUGUCUCCUCAGAACAAGGUCGCUGGUGAAUUGAGAAAGACCUUUGGUAACCCUACACCACUUUGCAUGUUGAUGGGAUGGAGAGGUGCUUCAAACACUGGCGCCUCUGAUGUCGGUGCUUAUUUCUUCUUUGGUGGUCUGUUGAUGAUUCUUGGUUCCAUCGGCGAGUGGUUGAUCGGCAACACAUUCCCCUUCGUCGUCUUCGGCUCAUUCGGUGCUUUCUGGUUGACCUUUGCUGCUACCCUUCAACCAUUCUACAAUGCAUACGGUGCCUUUUCAGCCGAUGCCGCCGCUCCUGGUGAAGGGUUACAAACUGUCGCAUUCAAUGCCAGCUUCUUCCUCGUCUUCAUGGGCGUGUUGUGCCUCUUGUACUUCAUCUGCUCACUCCGCACCAACGUCGUCUUCGCCAUGAUCUUCUUCACCCUCGUCCUCGCCUUUGGUUGCUUGACCGGCGCUUACUGGAAUCUUGCCCUUGCCUACGGUCACGCUCAAGGCUCGGCCGCAUUUGCCGCUCAUGGCGCUACCGCCACGAAGUGUCUUGUUGCUGCCGGAGCACUCACCUUCGUCACCGACAUGUGUGGCUGGUGGAUCUUCUUUGCCAUCAUGCUCGCCGCUCUUGACUUCCCCUUCCAGCUUCCCGUUGGCGACCUCAGCACUUUCAUCAAGGGUGCUAGCGACAGGAAGAAGGCCAAGGAGGAGAAGGAGAGAUACUCGGCAUAG